AUGACUGACCAAGCGACUUUUUUUUCAAAAAUUUCAACAGGAAACGUAUACAUAACCGUGGCCCCUAGCAACCUGACGGCAAUGGAGAGGUCAAAGGUCAAGUUAAUGUGUCGGGCCGAGGGUGAAAGUAGCGCCAACUUGACCUACACGUGGUUUAAAAACGGCAUUAACGUCUGGAAGUUGCCUUUAUUUUCCAGUCGGGUGGAAUCAUACGCGGACAGUAGCCUGGUCAUCCGUGACGUCAGUAAGGACGACAUAGGUUGGUACACCUGUAGGCAUCCAAUUUUCUACAUAAAAUACUAUGGCCAUAAGUCAAAAAAUAAUGAAAACAUUAACUAUCGUGCCGUCAAAGUUUGA